CUACUUGAGUGUGUGAGAAAAAACUGACCAGUCCUAAAGAAUGAAUUCUACCACGAUGGACGUGGGAACAUUACUUAGGCGCUCCUUACUGCUGGCUUUACUCGUGUUCACGGUGACCCAGGAGGCACAAGGAUUGCUGUGUUAUUGUGAGCGAUGUGUCAAUCGGACCUGCAACACGACUGGCCUGUGUUUUGCAGUCAUCACCAAGUCUGCCGGACAGAUUGUGAUACAGGAGCGUCAGUGCAUUCAGCAGGAUGAUCUUUAUCCACGGGACAGGCCUUUCCAGUGCGCCCCCUCCAACAACGGCAAGCAUCCGUAUUGCUGCAACACACUCAUGUGCAACGAGAGCCCAAAAGUCAGCCCAGAGUUGCCUGAUACUGAACCUCAGUCUCUGAGUCCCGUAGCCUUGGCCGCAGUGAUUGCCAUCCCCAUCUGCGUGCUGAGCUUCGUGCUGGUGCUGCUCUUCUACAUGUGCCAUAAUCGCUCUAUCAUCCACCAUCGUGUGCCAAGUGAGGAAGACCCUACUAUGGACCACCCGUUCCUCGCUGACGGUACCACGCUGAAGGACCUUAUCUAUGACAUGACCACUUCUGGAUCAGGCUCAGGUUUGCCGCUACUAGUGCAGAGGACCAUUGCCAGGACCAUCAUCCUCCAGGAGAGCAUAGGGAAGGGCCGUUUUGGAGAGGUGUGGAGGGGCCGCUGGCGUGGAGAAGAGGUGGCUGUGAAGAUCUUCUCCUCCAGAGAGGAGCGCUCUUGGUUCCGUGAAGCGGAGAUCUACCAGACUGUCAUGCUUCGGCAUGAGAACAUCCUGGGCUUUAUUGCUGCAGACAACAAAGAUAACGGCACGUGGACUCAGCUGUGGCUGGUUUCUGAUUACCAUGAGCACGGCUCGCUCUUUGACUACCUGAACAGGUACACGGUCACAGUAGAGGGCAUGAUCAAGCUGUCUCUCUCUACCGCCAGCGGUCUGGCUCAUCUGCAUAUGGAGAUUGUGGGCACUCAGGGUAAGCCUGCAAUUGCACAUCGUGAUCUGAAAUCCAAAAAUAUCUUAGUGAAGAAGAAUGGUACCUGUUGCAUCGCUGACCUUGGAUUGGCCGUGCGCCACGACUCAGCCACAGACACAAUUGAUAUUGCACCCAACCACAGAGUGGGCACUAAAAGGUAUAUGGCCCCUGAGGUGCUGGAUGACUCCAUUAACAUGAAGCACUUUGAGUCUUUUAAAAGAGCAGACAUCUAUGCCUUGGGUCUGGUGUUCUGGGAAAUUGCUCGCAGGUGUUCAAUUGGAGGCAUACACGAGGACUACCAGCUCCCCUACUAUGACCUUGUACCGUCUGAUCCGUCAAUAGAGGACAUGAAGCGGGUAGUGUGUGACCAAAAGCUUCGAGCCAACAUCCCUAACAGGUGGCAGAGCUGCGAGGCCCUGCGUGUGAUGGCAAAGAUCAUGAGGGAAUGCUGGUAUGCCAACGGAGGCGCUCGUCUCACAGCGCUGCGUGAAGAAGUCUCUAUCCCAGCUCAGUCAACAAGAGGGCAUCAAAAUCUAGAGCAACUUUCAUCAUCUUUAAACUGCCUGUCCACUCCCUGCACUCAUCUAGAGAGGACAGCGAGGGACCUACAUUCGGUGUGGAGGUUUACUUCAAUCGAGGGACCAGAAACAAUUAGUGCUGUUCCCCGUUACCCAUGAAAAGAUACCUCCUCAUCAUGCAAGACCACCACGGACAAACUCUACCAGCCAUGCUUCAUCUGGUGAGUCACCAAACAACAACCAUCACAGAUUGGCAUUCGGUGUCAUUGAUGUGCUUUGCAAACUGGACUUGAGCCUUUAGAUACUUAUUUCUGUAAAUAGCCUGUUGUCUUUAGAUGUACAUAUCUGACCUGUUUGUGUGUAUUUGUAUGCUCAUAUAUUCACAUGUAGAUGAACACAGAAAGAAACACUGUGCAUAUUGACAUGCUGAAGUGUUUGUCCCAGGAAGUGCCACUGCUCUGAAACAGUCCAUGUUUGGUAAAACGGAUCUUUUGUAGGUAUCAGUUUACAGCGGACGUCAGAUUUACACCAAGCAGUUGUUUGCAAACAACUCAUCAGUUGAAGAAAACAUUCAAAGCAACAAGGAUCAUAUUCUGCUGAUUGCUGUAGCAGUGACUGCAAAGACUCGCCUGAUUAUGUGGAAGUGGAUUCGUAAUGUGGCUCGCGACUUCGCAUACUCUCUUUCCAGAGACCGAGAGCAAGCGAGGGCAGCACAUUCAAUCAUACAGCUUAUUAGAAGCAGCCCCCGGUGCUGCCUGAAGCAACUAGUCCUUAAAGAAUCAGCCAGAAAACUAGGUUAGUCGUUAAAAGCCAUUUGUACAAAGGCCAACUUAGCUACAGCACAUCUGCAUUAAUGUAAUAGGACGCGUAUGUUUGUAUGCACAUUUGAAAGGAUGGUGCUGUCGUGAUGAAGAUGUGAUUAUUUUUUUCUGUAGUACAUAAUUUACGGUUUCCAUUCAUGCACCUUAAAGCUAUAAGGGAUAGUAUACCCAAAAAUGAAAUGUAAGAUAUUUUUGAUGAAAUCCGAGAGCUUUCUGACCAUGCAUAGACAACUGAUACAUUCAAGGCCCCGAAAGAUAGUAAGGACAUCGUUAAAAUAGUCCAUUUGACAUCAGUGGUUCAACCUUAAUUUUAUGAAGCUAUGAGAAUACUUAAUAAAAAAUAAAAAUAACGACUUUAUUCAACAAUUUCUUCCACAAAUCACAUAAAUACAAAACAAAAGAAAACAAAAAUGACUUAAUUCGAUAAUUUCUUCUCAUUCGUGUCUGUCUUUGAUGAACGUUCACAAAAGUAGCAUGCGUCGUGGUACUCUCAUGCUUGUGCGUAGAAGAAAAUAAAAAUAAUGACUUUAUUAAACAAUUUUUUCUCUUCCCUGUUAAUGAUCGAAACACGUUUACGGCAGUAGCACUCAUGCUUUGUGGUACUCUCGUAAACAAAAAUCACAAAAACACAAAACAAAAGAAAACAAAAAUGACUUUGAUAAUUUCUUCUCUUUCAUGUCAGUCUUUGACAUGCGUUCACUUCACGAGAGUAGCAUGCGUUGUGUUGCUCUUGUGAACGUGCGUUGAAGAAAGUAAAAAUAACAACUUUAACUAUUUCUUCUCAUCCCUGAAAGUCAUCGACACACAUUUACGGCAGUAGCACGCAUGCAUCCUGGAACUCCCGUAAACAAAAAUCACCAAAAUACAAAACAAAAGAAAACAAAAAUAACGACUUUAUUCUCUAAUUUCUUCUCAUGUCAGUCUUUGACGCGCGAUCACGAAAGUAAUAUGCGUCGUGGUACUCUCAUGAAUGUGCGUCAAAGAAAAUAAAAAUAAUUACUUUAUUCAAUAAUUUCUCCUCUUCCCUGUCGGUCAUCGACACAUUUACAGCAGUAGUACUCUUGUAAACAAAAAUCACAAAAAUGCAAAACAAAAGAAAACAAAAAUAAUGACUUUAUUCGAAAGCUUCUUCACUUUCGGGUGAAAGUGAAGAAUAGCAUACGUCGUAGUGUUCACAAGAAUAGCAUGCGUCGUAGUAUUCUCAUAAACACACAUCGAAGAAAAUAAAAUGACUUAUUCAACAAUUUCUUCUCUUCCUCGUCAGUCAUCGACACACGUUUAUGGCAGUAGCAUGCAUGCGUAGUAGUACUCUCGUAAAACCAAAAAUCACAAAAAUACCAAACAAAAGAAAGCAAAAAUAAUGACUUCAUUCGCUAAUUUCUUCUCUUUCGUGUCAGUCUUUGACGCACGUUCACAAGAGUAGCAUGCGUCGUAGUAUUCUCGAAAACACGUAGAAGAAAAUAAAUAUAACAAAUUUAUUCAACAAUUUCUUCUCUUCCUUGUCAGUCAUCGGCACACGUUUACGGCAGUAGCAUGCAUGCUUCAUGGUACUCUCGUAAACAAAAAUACAAAACAAAACAAAACAAAAAUAACGACUUUAUUCGAUAGCUCCUUCUCUUUCGUAUCAGUCUUUGACGUGCAUUCACAAGAGUAGCAUGUGUCGUGGUACUCUCGUGAACGCGCGUCGAAGAAAAUAAAAUAACUUUAUUCAACAAUUUCUUCUCUUCCUUGUCAGUAGUCAGCACACGUUUACGGCAGUAGUACGCAUGCGUGAUAGUACUCUCAUAAACAAAAAUCACAAAAAUACCAAACUAAAGAAAACAAAAAUAACGACUUUAUUCGCUAAUUUCUUCUCUUGUCAGUCUUUGACGCCCGUUCACGAGAGUGAUGUGCAUCGUGGUGCUCUCGUGAAUGCACGUCAAAGAAACUAAAAAAUAAUUUCUUUAUUCAACAAUUUCUCUUCUUCCCCCAUCGACACACGUUUAUGGCAGUAGCACGCAUGUGUCGUGGUACUCUCAUAAACAAAAAUAAAAAACAAAAAUAACUUCAUUCGAUAAUUUCUUCUUUAUCGUGUCAGUCUUUGACGCGCAUUCGCGAGAGUAGCACGCGUCGUGGUACUCUCAUCGGAAGAGAAGAAAUUGUUAAAAAAAAAAAGUCAUUGUUUUCUUUGCGCACGAAAAGUAUUCUCAUAGCUUUGUAAAAUUAAGGUUGAACCACCGAUGUCAAAUGGACUCAUUUUUGACUUUAAUACCUUUCUGGUGCUUGAAUGUGGUAGUUGUGUUGCUGUCUGUGCAAGGUCAGAAAGCUCUUGGAUUUCAUGAAAAUAUCUUAAUUUGUAUUCCGAAGAUCAACAAAAGUCUUACAGGUUUGGAACGACAUUAAGGUGAGUAAUUAAUGACCGAAUUUUCAUUUUUGGGUCAACUAUCUCUUCAAGAAAACAUGGACACAUGUAGCUCAAAAAAAGAUGCUAACUAUGACCUGUCUAUUGUAGUUUUGCUCUGUGCUUACAGUCUGUGCAUGUUCCUCGGGUUGAAUUAUCCAGUUUUGCUGUUUUUAUGGAGAGUAAAAGACACCAUAUUGAUUGUGACCUCAUGCGUAUAGUCGAACAACAGUCUUUGAGCCGCAAUCUCGUGGAUGUAUCGUGUAACUCUCUGUGCGUCUGUAUUUGGUCAAGCUAAGCAAUAAGCGCUCCUUUGAUUACUGAUUUUUUAUAGCUGGAGUAAGAGCGCUAAGAGUCAAUGAAUGUGCUGUAUGUCCCUUAAUCACACUCUUUCUGUGAUCUCAUAACUUUUAGACAUUUUUGAGAAAUCUGUCUUUCUUUGGACAGCCAAAUGUAAAACCGAAAGCAUCUUCUAAGAUGUUUUUAACAGUCAAGUCAGGUGGAAAUCUCUGUACCAAAGAUACUCUUUGAAGAUGAGGAUGUGAAGAUGUGAAACAGGCUGCUUUAAAGGGAUCGUUCACCCAGAAAUGAAAAUCGUCAUCAAUUACUCACCCUCAUGUCAUUUCAAACUAAUAAGACUUUGGUUCAUCUUUGAAACACAAAUCAGUGCAAUCCAAGAGAUUUCAGUACAUCAUUUAAAAGUCCAUGUAACUAGAAGUUUGACACUUUAAAAAGUUCAUAACGAGACUGUAAAAGAAAUCUGUAUAAAUCGAGCUGUUCUUCAUUUAAAGCGAUUGGGUCUUUACAGAAGACUUGAAUGAAUUCGCUUACAAUGUCUAAAUGCUUUGUGAAGCAUCAAAGUUAUUAACUUUCAGUGGACUAACUGGAAUUUCAUUUCUUUUGUGGUUCAAAGAUUAACCAAAGUCAAACAGGUUUGAAAUGAGGAACUGAUGACAUCAAUCUGGAUUUCUGUUAUAAACGCAUGCCAACAAUCACCAGCAGCCUUCAGUAUGUUCCAGUCAAAGUCUAGACCUCAUUAGAUACCCACAACCUCGCCAGCUCAGAUAUUUUCUAAAGAUUCAGUUUUCAUAGUUUUUUUUUUUCAA